GACCCGCGGUCCUGGAGACCUUUCUCAAAGCGCGCUCUCUCUCGCACACACAUGUACGCCCCCUUUCUAGAGUUUUAACCGCAUCCACACGUGCUUCUAGCUGGGCAAGGAGUUAAAAGGGCGCCCGGGGAAUCCCACAGACCGAUUCGCCGGAUUCCCUUCGCGGGUGGCAGAGCGAAGAGCCGUUGGCUGUUUGCUAGUUUACCGGCUUGGCCGGAGCGCCGAAGAUGGCGAGGAGCACCGCCGGACCCCUCACCCUCGUCUUGGGUUUAGCCAUCCAUCUCAUGCAGCCGAUCCACCCCGUUGAGCCGGAGCCCGACCGAUCGCCCAUUCCCACAGAUAAGCUAUUAAUUCUUACUGUUGCAACCAAGGAAACAGAUGGUUUUCACCGAUUCAUGCAAUCAGCAAAGCACUUCAACUACACAGUGAAGGUUCUUGGUCAAGGUGAAGAAUGGAAAGGAGGAGAAGUUGUAAACGCUAUUGGAGGAGGCCAGAAAGUCCGCCUGUUGAAAUCUGUGCUGGAGACGUAUGCUGAUCGGGAGGAUUUGGUGGUUAUGUAUGUUGACUGCUAUGAUGUUAUAUUUGCUGGGGGGCCUGAAGAGUUGUUAAAGAAGUUCCAGCAAGCUAAUCACAAGGUAGUAUUUGCUGCUGAUGGGUUGAUAUGGCCUGAUAAAAGACUCUCUGAUAAAUAUCCUAUUGUUCGCAGUGGAAAACGAUUCCUGAAUGCAGGAGGAUUUAUUGGUUAUUCUCCAUUCGUAAAUAGUAUUGUACAACAGUGGAACCUCCAAGAUAAUGAUGAUGAUCAGCUGUUUUAUACCAAAAUCUAUAUCGACCCAUUGAAAAGGGAACGUAUUAAUAUCACCUUGGAUCACAAGUGCAACAUUUUCCAGACUCUAAAUGGAGCUGUUGAUGAAGUUCUCCUGAAGUUUGAAGAAGGAAGAGGCAGAGCUCGAAAUUCUGUGUAUGACACUUUGCCAGUCACUCUUCACGGAAAUGGCCCAACUAAACUUAAUCUCAACUACUUUGGAAAUUAUAUCCCCAAUGGCUGGACCCGUGAAACUGGAUGUGGUGCCUGUGAUGUAGAUUUACUAGAUCUAGGGACAUUCACUGAGAAUCCUACAGUAACAAUUGGUGUUUUCAUUGAACAACCAACUCCUUUCCUGCCCAGGUUUUUAGACAGAUUGUUGAAUUUAGAGUAUCCAAAGGAAAAAUUGAGUUUCUUCAUUCAUAAUAAUGAAGUUUACCAUGAAAAGCAUAUCAAGAGAUUUUGGGAAAAAGCCAAGCAUAUGAUCAAAACUAUAAAAAUUGUCGGACCUGAAGAAUAUCUGAGUCAAGCUGAUGCCAGGAACAUGGGAAUGGAUAUCUGUCGGCAAAAUAAAGAAUGUGACUAUUAUUUCAGCAUAGAUGCAGAUGUUGUUUUAAUGAACCCCAAGACUUUAAAACUCCUCAUAGAACAAAAUAGAAAGAUGAUUGCUCCUCUGGUAAUGCGUCAUGGGAAGCUCUGGUCUAACUUUUGGGGUGCACUAAGUCCUGAUGGUUAUUAUGCUAGAUCUGAAGACUAUGUGGAUAUUGUCCAAGGAAACAGAGUAGGUGUAUGGAAUGUCCCCUUUGUGGCUAAUAUAUACUUGAUCAAAGGGCAGACUCUCAGAUCUGAGUUGAAAGAGAGGAACUAUUUUGCACGUGACAGAUUGGAUUCUGAUAUGGCCCUCUGCAGAAAUGCCAGGGAAAUGACCAUGCAAAGGGAAAAAGACUCCCCUUCUGCGGAAACAUUCCAUAUGCUCAGACCCCCAAAGGGUGUCUUUAUGUAUAUCACUAACAGACAUGAAUUUGGGAGACUUUUGUCAACAGCGAACUACAAUACUUCUCACUACAGCAAUGACCUCUGGCAGAUCUUUGAAAAUCCUGUGGACUGGAAGGAAAUCUACAUAAACCCCAACUAUUCAAAAAUCUUCACUGAAAAUAUAGUGGAACAGCCAUGCCCAGAUGUGUUUUGGUUUCCCAUAUUUUCUGAAGCAGCCUGUGAUGAACUGGUGCAGGAGAUGGAAUAUUUUGGACAAUGGUCUGGUGGAAGGCACCAUGACAGCCGCAUUUCUGGAGGAUAUGAAAAUGUUCCAACCGAUGACAUUCACAUGAAGCAAGUUGGGCUGGAAAGUGUGUGGCUACACUUUAUUAGAGAAUUCAUAGCACCUGUUACACUAAAAGUAUUUGCCGGCUACUAUACAAAGGGCCAUGCCUUACUGAAUUUUGUUGUGAAAUACACUACUGAAAGACAACGUUCCCUCAGGCCUCAUCAUGACUCAUCUACAUUUACCAUCAACAUUGCUCUCAAUAAACUCGGAGAUGAUUUUCAAGGAGGUGGAUGUAAAUUUCUGAGGUACAACUGCUCAAUUGAAUCGCCCAGGAAGGGAUGGAGUUUCAUGCAUCCAGGAAGACUUACUCAUUUACACGAGGGCCUUCCCAUUUUGAAUGGAACAAGAUACAUUGCAGUAUCAUUCAUUGACCCUUAAUUUUAUUUCCCUGGCCACUUAAAGACGACGUUUGGCAAUCUAUGACAAACUCUUAUUUAUAAUUCUUCUCCCAGAAGAUGGUGACAAAAGAAGCUUCUUCUACACAACUAUGCUUUACUUUGGGCUAAAAUAUUGGGGUGGGGGAGGAAUCAAACACUUGCAAUAAUCUGCUCUGAGCCUUGAGUUGCAAAAUAAACACACACACACACUUUAAUUUCUCUCCCUUUCUGUCUUAAAGGGAGGGGAAAUUCCCUGAUGCAGACAAUCUGUAAUGUGGGUUUUUCAUCCAUAACGUUAUGAAUAAACAUCAAGGUGUAUUUUGUGCAUAUCUUGAUUGAAGAAUAAAUCAUAUUGGUUAACUAUGCACAUUGUUCUAAGAAAGAAAUACAGUAUAGAUAAAUGCAAAAUAUUGUCAAAAAUGCAUAUGGUCUAUUCGGGUACUAUGAAGCGCCUUUAAAAGAAGAAAUGCUCCAAUAGGAAAUCUCUUCUGCUUACCAAGUGUCCUUUAACUGGACUGAGCUAGCCAGAAAAUAACUUUUUGCACCAGGUCAGGACUGGCAAUCCGAGCCGUCAUUUUGGAAACUUUACAGUACCAAAUUGUCUUGGAUACCAAAUUUUCUACUCUUAUUUAAAACUACUUGAAUUUCGUAUCAGGAGAUCAAAAAAAGUUGACGUUGCUCUUUUUAUUUUUAAAAUUGCAGGUUUUUUACUUGCAUUUGUUGUUGCUUUUGUUUUUUAAGGAAUCAGUUUUAAAUAAUUCCUGCUGUGCCUACUGUUUGUAAUUUAAAGGUUACACUUGAAAAAAAAAAGUUAAAACCAUGAAACCUGAGGUGCUAAAAUGCACAUAUUUUUAAGUCUUGUGGAAAAUAAAGAAUUCUUAAAUUAA